AUGUCAGUCCCCCAGCGGAUGAAAGUGCAGAAUGAGCGAGCUCAUGGCAACGUAAAGAAUCGCGGGAAGGUUCCUAAAUCCCUGAAGUCUACGGAUUCCCAAACUAAUAUGAACGCAUGGAUUCUGGGGUUGGUUGUUUUCGUCGUGUGUGGCUCAGCUGUUUUCGAAAUAAUUCAACACAUCCGGAUGGCUUUCUGA